AUGCCGCAUGACAUCGGAGUCGUGUGCAACUGCGCCAUGUGUGACAGCUUCUUCCUGACGGCGGUGGGGAGCGUCGACAACAGGGAGUACAAGGGGAGAGAGGGGACGCGGAGGCUGGAGGAGAGGAUCGAGAAGGUCCAGCUCAGGUAUGAGGAAGCCAAGUACACACAGGCGAGAUGCCCAACCUGUGUGGAAGCAUGCUCCGGCAAGAGAUACUCCGAGUGGCUGACAAGCGACAUCCCUGCUGUCCUCAGCCCUUGCAGCUUUCGUACUGAGGCCCUUGCAAGUUUCGCCAUCUUCGACCCCGCAGAGCCUCCUCCUGUCUACAUCGACGAGUCCGAUGGGUCCGGGAAGCCUCGGUGGACCCUGUUGCAGGGAGUUGGUCCCAAGACGUUGGAACUUGAUAGCAGCAGGAGCAAUAGGAUAUACAAACCAACCUUGCGGGAAGCUAUGUCCCAGGUGCGGGAAGGGGACAAGAAGGCCUGGGAGCCUUUCAGGCCUCAGCAAUCGACGGAUGAGCACAGGAAUAUGGUAGACUACAUCAACACAGUCGUCUUCGAGAGCAACGAACGAAAAGCGCUCUACGCAUGCCUCUUUCGACAUGUUCCUCUCUUCAGCUGUGCCGACCCGACGGCGUUGGAGCAGGAGAUUGAAACCUUGCGGAUGGAGGCGAGCAUGAUGCAGAUAGAAGAAAUGAACUUGAGCUCGCAAGAGCUGAAGAAACGAGGUCAGGAGCAGAGGGCAGGAGGAGGAAUCGCGAUGGGAGGGGCGAGAAGGGAAGAAGUCGCAAAAUGUCGUGCCUUGGAAGUGGAGUGCGAUGUGAAUGCUGCGAUAUCUCAUGUCAUAACAAAGUAA